AUGGCGGCAAUAAUAACUACUAUUCCCUUUUGCCUCAUAAAGAGAUUAAGCGGGCUAGAGCUCAACAAGAAUCUUAUUGCACCUCAUUUUGCUUCUGUAUACACCGACUCGGAUGGAAUCCAAGUAUCUGAAACUCAUCCCAAUUGCUUCUAUCAUGGAAAAGUCAAUAGACAUCCAAAGUGGCAAGCUGUCAUCAGUACAUGUCAUGGAUUAAGAGGCUGGUUUGGUGAUCUGAAUAAUGAGAACUCUUUGUAUCAUCUGGAGCCACUCACUGAAGAUCACUUACGUGUCAGUCCAGAGAAGGAUACCCUGGCCAAUACCCAUGUACUUUAUAAAGACACAGAGAACAAGAAAAAACUUCAAAAUUCUGUCUGUGGUACUCCUCAUGGAAAUGUCUCAUCAGAUAGAUUCAAGCUUCCUUCAGAAGGAGGCAGCUCUCUGCAUAGGGUGAGGAGAAAGUCAGCUACUGACAUUGUUGAGUUAUUGAUUGUCAACGAUAACCAUCAGUACAUUGCUUAUGGAAGGAACAUCAGUGCAGUUGUAUUGAGGGCAUUAGAAAUAUAUAGUCAUGUUGACAUGAUGUUUCAGUCUAUUAAUGUUUGUAUUGUGAUUGUUUAUUCGUUGACAUGGACAAUACGACAAGAGAUAUCAUUCAGUUCAGUACCAGACACUCUACUGAGACUGUUCCGUCAAUACCACACUAGCACCACUGCAUUCAGAUCCAUCACUCAUGAUAACACCCAAUUGAUUACUGGUAUUAAUCUGGAUGGUUUUACAGUAGGUAUAGCUUAUGUUGGUACAAUGUGCAAUUUUGAUUCAUCUGUUAGCUUAACUCAAGAUACAAGAGGUAGUGUUGCAUCAGUUGCUACCAUUGCUGCACAUGAAUUGGGACAUAAUUUUGGUAUGAGCCAUGAUGACGACUCAAGUUGUAAUUGUCCUGAUUCCAAUAGUGGUUGCAUUAUGAAUGCUGUUUCAGGAUGGCCUCCAGCCACCAAUUGGUCCCAGUGCAGUAUUAAUGAAUUAAAUGCUGGUUUCUAUCGAUCUGGCAAUUCUGAUCUUAACCGUUGCUUAGGAAACAGUCCAACAACUAUUGUUGGUACUGCUAGGUGCGGCAAUGGAAUAAGAGAACCAGGAGAGACUUGUGACUGCGGAAGUUUAGCUGAUUGCGAUGAUCCAUGCUGUAAUGCCACUACAUGUGAACUAGUCAGUACUGCCCAAUGCGGAUCUGGAGUUUGCUGUGAAAACUGUAGAUUCAAGUUGUAUGGUACUACAUGUCGUAAUUCAUCUGGUAUGUGCGACAUAUUAGAAUAUUGUACUGGUCAAGAUGCUGAUUGCCCAACAGAUUUAACACUACAGAAUGGACUAUCAUGUGCUAAUAAUACUGCUUAUUGUUACGAUGGUACGUGUGGCUCUACACGGGAUCAUCAGUGCAAUCGUUAUUUUGGAAAUGAAUCAGUUCCUGCUAAUGAUGUAUGCUACACGCAGUUCAAUACUCGUGGUAUUCCCUGGGGUCACUGUGGAGCUGAUGGUACCAAUUACAUUCCUUGCACUACUGAGAAUGCAUUCUGUGGUUCACUCCAGUGCAAUGGUGGCAGAAUAAUAUUUAAUAAUGUUAAGUCAAGGAGUGCUUUGACAGCUUAUACUAGAUUUGCUAGUGAUCAAGAGUGUAGGAGUGUCACUACACGUGCUGAUGCUGAUGAAGUCAGUCCUGGUUUUGUGGUUGAUGGGACUAGCUGUGGAACUGACAGGAUGUGUGUUAGUCAGAGCUGUGUAUCAGUUUCAUCACUGGAUGGAGUCAUCCCCUGUCCUAUUGGAAGUAAUGAACAGACAUGCUCUGGAAAUGGCGUGUGCAAUAAUUUAAACCAGUGCUCCUGUAAUGUUGGUUACGCUGGUAGUGAUUGCAGUCAGAUACCUGAAAGAACAACACCAACACCAGAACCUACUUCAGAGUUUCUUCCAUUCCUUUAUCCAUCAAGUUAUAAUGUGUAUACUAAUGUUGAUGAUGGUUCUGCUAGUGUUAUGCUACCAGCUACACUUGAGUUUGGAGGCUUUCACUAUAACAGAGCUUAUAUUAGCAGCAAUGGAUAAUCAGCU